AUGUCUCUGAAAAGGCAGAUUCCAAUAGUUUUUGAAAACGCACAUUAUUUCAUUGUUAGUAAACCGCCUGGCAUACCUUCUCAGCCACCAGACUCGAGAUCGUGGGGGAGAACACACCCUAAUCUUGACCCAACUCCACUACUCGAGAGAUUCAAAGCUGAUUAUUACUCACACAAACAAGUAGAAUUAUGUCGGACCGUACAUAGGUUAGACCAUUGCGUAACUGGGGGAAUGCUGAUUGCAAAGACUAAGGAUGCAAGUGUAAAAUUCUCCAGGUUUUUACAGAAAGGCGGUAAUAAGGGCUAUCAGUUGAAAAGAAAGUAUGUAGCCAUUGUCGAGUCGUCCGCUCAUUUCAAUGAAACAAAUAAUUAUGAAGUUAACUAUGGGCCUCACUAUAAUUUUUUGAUUUCACAUGGUGGUAGAGAGAUUACUAAGUUCAAGGUAGUUGACGAGCAAUGUAUUGUUUUACAAUUGGUGACAGGAAAAAAACAUCAGAUACGGCAUCACGUCUCUCAAAUUUUAAAUCAACCCAUAUUAAAUGACCAGAAAUAUGGCAGCACCGCCAAGUUGCCAGAAUUGUUCAAAGACCAUAUAGCGUUGCAUUCAGCAUGCAUCAUGACGAAAGUUGGUCUGCAGACCAAAACACAUUUAAUACCUAUGGAGUUUAAUAAUACUGGUGAACUUUGGUCUAGAAAAUACGUCGAUGAAGAGGGUGAAUUCAUUCAGUCAAUAAAAGACGCUCUGAUGGAAAAUUGGGACUAA